UUUAAAGGAAAUUUUGUAUGUAACAGAAAAAAUUACGAAUACCUUUGAGUUUCCGCUUUUUUUUUUUUAUUCGAGAGCGGAUUAUUUUUAAUGGACUUUUCGAAAUGGUGUUCGUUUCAUUGAAGGAAUUGCAAAUUAUGGAUUCUGAAAAAAUGCAGGGCAGAGUUUCUGAAGGUCAUGCAAGAUGUUAUAUCCCCAAAAGAUAUAUUCUAACAUUACUAGGAUUUUUGGGCAUGUUCAACGUUUAUGCCAUGCGCGUCAAUUUAAGUGUGGCAAUAGUCGCCAUGGUGAAUGACACUGGAAUCCAGUAUGACAACGAAACCCAUCAGGCAGCGGCAUGUCCUGAACUUGUAUCGUAUGAACCACAGAAGAAUGCAGAUGAAUAUAAAGGUGAACAGUAUAACUGGGAUUCCAAGGCCCAAGCCAAUAUUUUAGGAUCAUUCUUUUACGGUUAUUUUCUAACUCAGCUACCUGGUGGAAUUUUUGCUGAAAAAAUCGGGGCCAAGUGGCUGUUUGGUGGCGGGAUUCUCAUAACAGCUGUUUUCUCCUUAUUGACGCCAUUUGCAGCUAGUCUGGGGACCGGGUUUUUCAUCGCUGUAAGAGUUCUUGAAGGAUUCGGAGAGGGAGUCACGUUUCCUGCCAUCAACGCUGCCAUAAGCCAUUGGUCUCCGAAAGUGGAAAGAAGUCGAAUCUCUACAAUCAUAUUCACUGGAUGUCAAAUUGGGAAUGUUAUUUCUAUGCCUAUAUCUGGAUGGUUGUGCAGCACAGCUUUGCUGGGUGGAUGGCCUUCUGUUUUUUAUAUUUUUGGAACGAUUGGUUGCAUCUGGUUUGUAUUCUGGUGCUUUUUGAUUCAUGAGACUCCAGCGCAGCAUCCGACCAUUUCUCAUGAAGAACUUUUGUACAUUAACCAAAAUAAAGACGACAAACCAGAAAAGAGACCUGAUAUUCCAUGGAAGGAUAUUUUUACUUCACUUCCCAUGUGGGCUCUGAUUAUUACUCAUUUCGGGCACAAUUUUGGUUUUCUCAUUUUAUUGACUGAAAUGCCCACCUAUCUGAGUGGAAUCCUUCAUUUCAAUAUCAAAGCUGAUGGAUUCCUUUCUGCAUUGCCUUAUAUAGUUCAGGCUUUGACUGCGUGGGUGGUGUCUUACGUGGUAGACAGAAUAAGAAAAUCAGGAAAAAUGAAUAUCACAACGAUUCGCAAGAUAAGUAAUUCAAUAGGUUUAUUUGGACCAGCAGUUUGCCUGUUGUGUAUCACAUUGUCUGGAUGUCGACCAUAUUUGAUAGUAGGUCUCUUGUCAUUAGCUCUUGCGCUCAACGGGUUUGUAUACUCCGGUUUCAAUGUCACGCAUAUAGACAUGAGCCCUGAUUUCGCAGGAACUCUCUUUGGAAUAACGAACGCUAUUUCCAAUGUAAAUGGAAUUUUAGGUCCUAUCAUCGUUGGAUUAUUUUUACAAAAUGGGGUGACGGUUGCAAACUGGAACUCUGUGUUUUACAUCACAGCUGCUGUUUAUGUUGUAUCAGCUGUCAUCUUUGACGUUUUUGGAUCUGCAGAAAGACAAUCGUGGGGACCUAAAUCUGAAAAUAAACAUUGCCUCGAUGACAUCAAGAGUUAGGGAGAAUUUUCAAGACCGACAUUUCAGAACAAGGCACUUCAAAACCUUUACAAUGCAGAUAGUUGAAAUUAUGCCUCAUACACACUUUCUUUACACAAAAUUGUAGAUCAUUGUCAGACUUUAAAACAAAUCGCAGUAGGAAAGAGGUAUUUUUCCUGUCCGCUUUUUUUUGAUUUCCGUUACUGGUAUAAGAAACAAAAGAACAACCGAUUUCUUUUCAAAAAGGAAAGAAAUUGGACAAGAAGAAUACCGAUUUCUUUCGAAGGAAUGGUUUAAACUUGGACACGGAUCUACAAUUUCGGAUGAAGAACCAAAAAGCCAAAUUUCAGUAAUCUACGUUACGUUUUUGAUUUGUCGCUUGAAUGUUGGAAGAAAAACAGUAAAAAAAUAACCGAUUUUCUUCUGAUUCGGUGAUUUAUAGAGGUCUAAAAUAUUACAAAUUUUCAAAGUUGUGUUAUUGAUUAUUUCGACACUUGCUAUAAUUUCCUCUAUAUCUUCGUAUUCGAGAAAGUAAUAAUAUGAAGAAAAAAUUGAU